AUGAAAUUUCAACUCUCACGUGAACAAUUUUGCACUAUGAUUUUAUAUGACUGGACAUUUGGCUUAACAUACAAGGACAGCCAUACCCGCUUGGUACAAGCAUGGGGAAACCAAGCACCUUCUGACCACACAGUCCUCAAUUGGUUUCAUGCAUUCCAGCAAAAUAAUUUUAGUGUUGAAGAUGCUGCCAGUCCAGGUCGUCCUAGAGCAUCUGUCAACGAAAAAAUAAUUGAUGCUGUACGAACAAUAACUGAAAAUGAUCCUCAUUUAACAUAUCAACAAAUAGAGAACACCUUGGAUGUUAGUGCCACUGCAAUCAAUUCAAUUAUUCAUCAUUAUUUAAAGCUACGCAAAGUUUAUGCUCGAUGGGGUCACAUCAGUUAA